AUGAACAAACUUGCGAAGGGAGACGGGCAGUCGAAAGAGCAGCAUGCGCCUGCAAGUCGACCAAUCGUUGUUGAAGCGGCAAAGGCCAAUAAGAAGGGUAAGACCGUUAAAGUGGACUUCGGUCGACAAGAUAUUGGUUACGCGCCAACAGAGCAGCUGGCUCGUGACCAUGAUGUUGUCUAUGUCAGCAUCAACUACAGACUGAACGCGUUUGGAUUUAUGUGGCUGGACAUGCUGCGCGUUGGUUCGCAUACUAACACCUCCGGAAAUUACGGGUUCAUGGAUAUGCUAACAGGACUGCAUUGGAUGCAAAACAACAUUCGCCAGUUUGGUGGAGACCCGAAUCAGGUAACGAGUUCCGAUGGGACGGCCAUUUACGCUUUGCUUGCUUCACCGCUCGGCCGCGGACUUUUCCAUAAGGCCUGGACGAUCAGUGGAUCGCCAGUCAUGAAUAAGACGGCUGCGGAAGCGGAUGCGGAUAACCAAGUUUUUGUACAUAAUACCGGAUGUCAAGACGCGGACUGCUUGUACACUCUGACACCAGAACAUGUGCUUGCCAGCGUGCCAUGGGAGGAGUUCCCGUACUGGGCGAUGAGCGAUCUCACUGGAAUCCCAGCUAAAGAUCGCUUUAAUGACGCUCUUCCGGUUGUCGAUGAAUUUCAACUCGCUAGUCUAGUGACAGACCUCAGAGUGACGUGUGGAAGCGAAUAUCUGGCUCUAGUAAUGGCAACUUCUUUUACGUCCCCGGUGUUCAGAUACAUAGCAGAAUAUGCUCCCUCUGCUCCAAUGAAGGCGUUUUGGGUAACGCUUCCCGCGAGAUACGCCUUUCACGGCAUCGACGCUUUCUAUAAAACAUUGGGACUCAUGAUUGACAACAAGACAGACGCAGACAGGCAGUGGGAGGUCAACGUGCAGCAGAAAAUUUUAAGUUUCAUGCGUAAUGGGAGUCCUUUUACAGCCGACUGGGGAAUGUUUCCCGGCCAAACGGCAGUGCUAAGUCAGAACACAACAGUUACGGCUGGGUACCACACUGCAGAGUGUCUCUUCUGGUUAAAGAACGGGUUCUUCUCCUACUCGUGGAUUAAUUGA